GCGCAGUGGUCACACGACCGACUGUGUGUUUCCAAAAUGGCGGCGGCGAUGGAUGUGGAUACCCCCAGCGGCACCAACAGCGGCGCGGGCAAGAAGCGCUUUGAAGUUAAAAAGUGGAAUGCAGUAGCCCUCUGGGCCUGGGAUAUUGUGGUUGAUAACUGUGCCAUCUGCAGGAACCACAUUAUGGAUCUCUGUAUCGAAUGUCAGGCCAACCAGGCUUCAGCUACUUCCGAAGAGUGUACGGUUGCUUGGGGAGUCUGCAACCAUGCUUUUCAUUUCCACUGCAUCUCUCGAUGGCUCAAAACGAGGCAGGUGUGUCCGUUGGACAACAGAGAGUGGGAGUUCCAAAAGUAUGGGCAUUAAGAAAGACUCUCCCGCAAGGCGGACCGUCUGUUACUCGUCUAGUGACUUCCUGUUAAUUAUAAAUUAGAUAGAACCAUGGUCCUUUUUUGUUCCUUUGUUUUUGGAGUUUGGUGUUCCCGCAGCCAUAUUGUAUUUUGUGUCAAAUAAAGCCUUUAAGUUGGA